AGGAUGGCGCCAAUGAAGAACGUGGGCGGCCCAAAAGGAAAAGGGCCUGCCAAGAAGACGCCGGCGAAGCGUCCCCUCCCUCCCAAGGGAUCGUCUUCGGAGGAGGAGGAUGUUUCUGCCGAGGAUUUGAAUGAGUUAUUGGCCAGGAUGGACAAAUACGAAAGGGAGAGAGGGCUGGCAGUGAGGGAGGCUGGUUUGCGCCYGGCGCGGCACGCUAGUAGAAAGCAAAUUUUUAAAAGCCUGCUCUCUCGCAUGUCUGUUUUAGAAGCCAGCCGACAGCCGGGGAGGGGAGAUGGUGAGCAGUCCAGCCAAGUGGUCUUCAAUCAGGUUGUUGAAGAUCCUCCGGUUGUGACGAUUAGUCAAGUUCAAGACGCCGUGAGCCAGAUGGCUGGGGAAAAAUCACCGCCAGCUACACCGGUCAGCUCAAUUUCUGCAGCGAAAGCAGCGCCAGCCGCCGUUGAGYGGGCUGGUCCGGAUGGGUCAUCUCCUCUGSCGAUAUCGGUUACGGCRGAGCCGGUGCCAGGGGGUCAGCUUGUGACGCAGGGCGGCGGUGUUGAGGGUCCGUCAACUUCCACAGAUGGAGCGCUUCAGGCUGUUGGCACCCGGCGCGGACGUAUGUGCGGAGACCAUGCCAGACCAUCUCUGGAGGGUUGGAGAGACGAGACAGCAUUAGGUCUUACUGGGCUGGCACAUAGAAGAAGGGUCCUGAUAUGCGGACACAGUUAUGUCUUUUGGGCAGGGAGAGAAGCCCACAGGACUGCCUAUGGCCAGCAUUUGGGUCUCGCUUCCACGGCGGCGGUGGAAUGGAGAGGCAAGAGAGGCCUACGUUGGGACGSUUUGUGCCCCUUGUUGUUCAAUGCCGGGAGUGUUUUGCCUCCUGAUGUUUUAGUUAUCCACCUCGGUGGUAACGACUUGGGCCUGUUAACAGGCAAAGCCCUCUUUUUACAGGCGCGGGCUGACAUUAGAAAGAUUUGCACUGCAGGAUCCAUUGGCUGUGUGCAUUUUGUAGCUGCCACAGUUCUAAGUCAUCUUGUAGCUGCAUUAAAUGAGCCCUAA